UGCGGUUAGCUUCCACAGUUGGGGCCAUUUCGGUCAAACUCUUCAUUCUAAGACGUAACCCCCAAGCCACCAAAAAAUGAAACUCUCGAGUUGGGCAUUCAAAUUACAAAACUCCCUUUUGAAAUUCAACACAAAAUCACCAUUUAAAAAGCCCCCCGUUCCUCUUUCUCUUUCCCCCUCAAACUCUCCCCUCUUAAUCUUAUUGCCUAAUUAAAACACACAACAAAAACCUCUCUAAUCUCCCUCUCUCUCUCUCUCUGCAUAUCUUUAGUAACUAAUAUUAUUAUUAUAUCAUGGGGACUUUGGUAGGGCAUGUAGCCCCGGGCAUGGGGUUCUUGCUAAUAGGACUAUGGCACCUCUUCAACCACAUCAAGCUCCACGCCCUCCACCCGACUUCCUACACCGCGCCGCCGUGGUUUCCCGCCUCCAAGCUCAGACACCUCGAGCUCUUCCUCAUCAUGGCAGGCUCCGCCGCCUCCGUCGCCAUGGAGCUCUUCAUUGGCCCCAAAAGCCACCAGCCCUUGGACCCCGACGGCACCAUCCCCUCCAACCAUCUCCACAACUUCGAGCACUCCUCCAUUUCUCUCACCUUCUUCUCCUACGCCCUCCUCUCCCUCCUCCUCGACAAAUACUCCUCAAGACUGUCAUCCCAUCACCACGUUCGGGCCGCAAAAUACGGCCUGACUCAGUUCCUCGGCGCGGUCGCUUUCGGGCAGCAGCUCCUCCUCUUCCACCUCCACUCGGCCGACCACAUGGGCCCCGAGGGACAGUACCAUUCGCUUCUCCAGCUCGCGAUUCUCGUCUCCGUGAUCACGACCCUGAUGGGAAUUGGGUAUCCCAAGAGCUUCAUGGUGAGUUUUAUCAGGUCUUUGAGCAUAUUCUCCCAAGGGGUUUGGCUUGUUGUUAUGGGCUUUAUGUUGUGGACUCCGAGUUUGAUUCCAAAAGGGUGUUUCAUGCACUUUGAAGAAGGCCACCAUGUCGUUCGUUGCUCUGGGGAAGAGUCGCUUCACAGAGCCAAGUCUCUUGUGAAUCUUCAAUUUAGUUGGUUGUUAAUUGGAAUCGCCGUUUUUGGGACGUCUCUAUACAUGGGAUUGGUCUUAAUUUACGGAGAAGAUCAAAAAGUUGAGUAUUUCUCACUUGGGUUGAAAGAAUUCGAAGAUGAUCAGGAAGAUGAUGAUCAAGACACGGAUGAUGUUGAAUCCCAGAAGAAAAGCGAGGUUGCUAUUAGUGGGACUUCCAAGAGUUUUAUUGAAAUGGGAAAAUCAAGUUUUGGGCACAUUGAUAUUGAAAGGUAGGGAAUUGGACGGGGAAUUAGGUAUGUGUACAAAUUAAUUAGGUCGGUGGGAUAUCGUGAGAAAAUUCGUGUUUAUUUUGCUUAGUUGGUUUUUUUUUUUAUUAAAAAAUUAUGAUAUAUAUUGCAAGAAGGGGAAGCUAAAUGUAAUUACAAGGAAAACAUUGUUCCGUGUUAUAUUUGGUGGAUUAUAGUGCUUUUAGUCAGUCCAUUUUGUAAUUUGUGUGUACAUUUUAAAUCGUGCAAGAGAUUAGAGGAAAGUGACAUGCUAGAGGGAUAAUUUGUGUGCAUAUAUUCAAACGCCCACCAACUAGUUGUAAAGAAACUUCCUAGUUGAUUUGGUUUAAAAAUUAUACUGUUUUUAUUUUUAUUUUUUUUCCUUUUACUUCCAUAUACUUGUUUGAUUAUGUACUCUAUGGCCUUUUAUAAAGA